AUGGGUGCCCUGCUCCACCUUCUCAGGCAUAUGGACCCUCUAAAGUUACCUUCUACGUGCCCUAAGUAUGCCUUGUGGGAAUCAGUCACUAGGAGUGUUAAAUGUGAACCCAAACUAAUCAUCUCUUUGGAUUAUGUGUUUUUUUCUUUCCCUUCUCUCAGGUAUCAGACAUGCUCCAGCAAUGGCCUCGUGGCUGGCUUCCAGAGCCGCUAUUUCGAAUCGGUCCUAGAUCGGGAAUGGCAAUUUUACUGUUGCCGCUACAGCAAGAGGUGCCCAUACUCGUGUUGGCUGACGACAGAAUACCCAGGCCACUACGGUGAAGAGAUCGACAUGAUAUCCUACAAUUAUGAAUACUACAUACGGGGUGCAACAACCACUUUCUCAGCAGUGGAAAGGGAUCGUCAGUGGAAGUUCAUAAUGUGUCGGAUGACAGACUAUGACUGUGAAUUUGCAAAUGUUUAGAAUGUCACAUACCAAAGUUGGUGGGAGAGUUAGGAGACUGAGGAGAGGGCUAAAGGCUUCUUUAUUCAUCAACAGAUCAGCAUGAGUUCCUGAAGAAGGACCUGGUCUUCUUUCUUUCCCUCCAUAAAUUAUUGACUGCAGUCCAUUUGAGCUUUCUGCCUUCUACCAUCAUUCUAAUUAAACCCAUAGUUUUCAUUAAAUCUCCUUUCUCAUUGUUGAUGCUUUGGGUUAGAAACCAUCUUAUGUCUGUCAGUGGCUUCUUGUAUUAUGUCAUGUAUGCAUUACACCUGCUCAAUAUGCUAUAAGAGAAUCUAGUUUUGUGGAGGACAUGUCAUAGAUGUAUCAUUGUCUGCCAGAAAUAAAUAUUAAAAAGUAUAUCAAAAGCUGAAAGUAAGGGCAAAGGGAUCUAGGUGGAGGAAGAUGAAGUAUAUAUCUAAUUGUUGUCUAUUUGAAUCAAAUAUUGUUUCCUCACUCUAUCCUAACCAAGAAUGUUUUCUUGCCAGGUAGCACCAUAGAAGGGGUAUUAGAAUUGUAUGAUAUGGUAGUGAUGGUGGUGGAAAGGAAAUCAGGUGGAAACUCAAAGGUUUGGCCAAAAGAUGUUAAUUAGCUAAAACAAUUUCCUUUCUUUGGGAGAGAGUGAAGAGGGUGGUACGUGGUAAUGAAAAUGACAUGAGUUUAUGUUGGAAGGACAAAAUGGGAGAAGGAAGGAGAAAAAAGUAGAGCAAAUUAAGAUAAUGUAUAGGGAAAAGAAAUGGAAGAGAGAAAACUUGACAGCAGUGAUCAGCUAGGAAUUCUGGAGUGAUGAGCCAGGUAGUUCUCACUACCACUUGAGGUCAUUCCAAUAAGGUUCUGAUUUAGGAAAGUGGAAGGAAAGGUGUGAAUAUUCAACAGGACAUGGAAGGGGACAUAACAGGAGAGAUUCCUAUGAAAGCUACCUACUAAGCAGAUCCUUGGGGAACUCUUUCCUUAUCUGGCUGGGUCCUUGCCCCAGACUGUGGCUGGGGAACACUGGCCUUGGGUACAGGAUCCUCUCCCUGUAGAUGGUAGGUUUCUUUGACAAGAGAAAGACAGUAGAUAUCAGAAACACUCUACAAUUCCUCCCUCCUCCACUCCAUGACACCUCCAGUCCCUAUCACUUGGUGCAAUGAUAAAGACCAUAAAUAGAAUAAACAAACUAAAUAAAAAUUUUAAAUCCACUAUA